AUGUUACCCGGGGAGGACGGUGCCCAGCUGCAGUGCUGUGUGACGGUGGAGCAUCUCAACACCUCCGGCCAAGCAACCCGCAGAAAGGUCAUCCGUAAAGCCUCCGUGACUCUGGGACGGAACGAGUUCCAGGAAAUCAUCCUCCGGGUCCACGACGGCAAAGUCCCGCAAAGUUACAAUUUGAAGGACAUUAAACUGUUCACAAAGUUUGUCAGAGAUGGAAAGUGCACCGUCAAACUGAUACCCGAAAACAUCCAGGUGCUCAUUUCCAACUGCCCGCCUGACAGACUAAACCUCUUCCUCAAAACCCUGAGCAUCAAACAUCAGGCCUGGCAAGGAGGCAAACCCAUGACCGACCGAGAGAAGCUCAAAGCCGGUCUGCCCCGCAGCUUCGAGGCCAUCAGCCCCCUGCAGCAAAAAGACAUCCAGAAGGUGAAUGAGCUCAGAUCCAAAGAGCCCCCCAAAGGGCUGACAGAACGGACCAAUAAGAUGAAAGCGUCAGGAGCAGGACAGCAGGUCAAAAGGUCAAGGGGUGACUGUAACUUCAGCCCUGUGAAAUCCAACCCCAGUAAGAAGCCCAUCCUGUCUCUGCCCUCACGUAAACUGAACAAAGAACAGACCGCUGUCCUCAGUGCUGUGCUGAGCGGGAAGAAUGUCUUCUUCACAGGAAGUGCAGGUACUGGAAAGUCCUUUUUACUCAAGAGAAUCAUGGGAUCUCUUCCCCCAAAGAGCACCUUCGCCACAGCCAGCACAGGUGUUGCUGCGUGUCAUAUCGGAGGAACAACACUACACAGUUUUGCUGGUAUCGGCUCCGGCUCUGCCCCAUUGGAGCAGUGUAUCGAACUGGCUCAGAGGCCCGGGGUCCUGCAGCAUUGGACCAGCUGUCGACACCUCAUCAUUGACGAGGUCUCCAUGGUGGAAGCUCAGUUCUUUGACAAGCUCGAGUCUAUAGCCAGGUCGGUGAGAAGGUCUACUGAGCCAUUUGGCGGCAUCCAGCUGAUUGUCUGUGGUGACUUCCUCCAGCUGCCUCCUGUCUCUAAGGGAAAGGAAAAGGCCAGCUUCUGCUUCCAGGCCAGGAGUUGGCGUAAAGUCAUCCAGGUCAACAUGGAGCUUAUGGAAGUGCGGCGCCAAACAGACCAGUCCUUCAUCUCCCUCCUGCAGGCUGUGAGAGUGGGCAGGGUGACGGAGGAAGUCACUGCGAAGCUAAUGGGAAGCGCCUACCAUCACAUCGAGAGGGACGGUAUUCUAGCAACCAGACUGUGCACACACAAGGAUGACGUAGAGCUCACGAACGAGAACAAACUCCAGCAGCUGCCAGGGUCGGUACGGGUAUUCGAGGCCCUUGACAGUGACCCAGCCUUGGUGAAGACUAUAAACGCUCACAGCCCCGUCAGCAGACUGAUCCAACUCAAAGUGGGAGCUCAGGUCAUGUUGACAAAGAACCUGGAUGUUGCUCGCGGUCUGGUGAAUGGAGCACGAGGGGUUGUGGUGGCUUUUGAGUCUGGAAAACCUGGACUCCCACGUGUGCGUUUCCUGUGUGGUGUUACAGAGGUGCUGAAGCAAGAGCGCUGGGUGUUUAAGUCUGGGGGCGGGAUCCACCUGAGUCGACAGCAACUGCCACUCAAACUGGCCUGGGCCAUCUCCAUUCACAAGAGCCAGGGAAUGACAUUGGACUGUGUGGAAAUCUCUCUGGCACGUGUGUUUGAGAGUGGUCAGGCAUACGUAGCCUUGUCUCGGGCUCGAAGUCUGGAGGGUCUGAGGGUCAUGGACUUUGACCCCAGCGUGGUGCGGGCAGACCCAGAUGUUCUACUCUUUUACAGGAAACUGAGGAAGGAGAGGCUGCUCAUGCAGGCCUCCAUGGAUGAGUUUGUUGGCAGCAGAAACAAAGAAAACUCUUGGUGAGAACUGUAAUAAGUCAUCUGCAUGUUAUCAUUUCAUUCCUCUGGCGACAAUCGGCACUUCUGAAAUAUAACUACAACUACAAACAUCGACAUUCACCAUCUACCUCUCAGAUUUAGACACAAUACUUGAAGUCAGAC